GGCUCGUUGGGGGACGUAACAUCAGGUGCAUUUCCCUCCCUUUACCUGUUCAACAUAACUUCCCUCAGAUACGUCCCUUGUUCUUUUCUUAUUUCCCAGUUUCUCCAUAGCCGAAUACCCCAAAGCUCAAUCCAAAAAGAGAAAAUAUCAUAACUCCUUUUCAUUCAACACCCAAAACUUUCCAUCACUUUCCUUUCUAUCUGGUUCUCUCCAAAGCCAGAAAUGAAGGGAUUCAAUCCUUCAACUAAUCUCUCCUUCUUCCUCCAGCUUUUUCUUAUCACAGUUCAUCUCUUCUCCUGGUCUUCCAGUCUCAAGAUCGGAGAAACAUGUUCUUCUUCUUCUUCCAACAGUGGAUGUGACUCUGGCUUAACAUGUCAAACUUGCGCAGCCAAUGGAAAUACCCGACCCAGAUGCACACGGAUUCAACCACUCAACCCUACAUCGAAGGAAAAAGGUUUGCCAUUUAACCAAUAUUCUUGGCUCACAACUCAUAACUCUUAUGCCCUCAAAGGGGCAAAAUCGGAAAUUGGAUCGGUUAUUGUUGCACCCACUAACCAGGAAGACUCCAUCACCAAUCAACUUCAGAAUGGGGUUCGUGGACUUAUGCUGGAUAUGUAUGACUUCAAUGGUGACAUAUGGUUAUGUCACUCCUUCAAUGGCCAAUGCUUCAAUGUCACAGCAUUUCAACCUGCCAUUAAUGUGCUCAAAGAGAUACAGGCGUUUCUAGAGGCAAAUCCAUCAGAGAUUAUCACCAUAUUUAUUGAGGAUUAUGUGGUAUCUCCACAAGGCUUAACAAAGGUUUUCAAUGCAUCUGGUUUAAGUAAAUACUGGUUUCCUGUUUCAAAGAUGCCCAAGAAUGGUGAAGAUUGGCCGACAGUUGAUGAUAUGGUCAAGCAGAACGAGAGACUGGUAGUUUUCACUUCCAAAUCAGCUAAGGAGGCAUCUGAGGGGAUUGCUUAUCAGUGGAGAUAUGUGGUAGAAAACCAGUAUGGAGAUGAUGGGAUGAAAGCUGGUUCCUGUCCAAACCGUGCUGAAUCAUCUCCUAUGGAUACUAAAACAAGAUCGCUGGUUCUUCAAAACUACUUUCCUACUAAUCCGAAUGAGACAGCAGCUUGCGCAGAAAAUUCAGCUCCGCUGGUUAGCAUGCUGAACACCUGUCAGAGGGCAGCUGGAAAUCGAUGGCCAAACUUCAUUGCUGUUGAUUUUUACCAGAGAAGUGAUGGUGGGGGAGCCCCAGAAGCGGUAGAUAUAGCAAAUGGUCAUCUCACUUGUGGUUGUGACAAUGUAGCCUAUUGCAAGGCCAAUGCUACAUUUGGCACCUGUGAGGUCCCUCCAAUUUCACCCCCUCCACCUGCCGCUGCAACUCAAUCGACCACCCUUUCUAACUCCAACUUUGCUAAUAUGGAUGCCAGACCUGUCCAACUGCGGUGGAUGCUGGCCACUAUUUUGACCACAAUUCUCUUGUUUCGGAGUUGAUGAUCACCAGUUCGCCUGUUUGUUUUUCCUUUAUAAUUUUUAAGAUUUGAGUCACACGGCAGUUGUUUUUACAAAACCAAGGAUUUAUAUUUCCUUUACUUGACCUCUUAACUCAAUUAAGAUUAUACUUCAACCACCAGAAUUUUGCAAACAAAAAGGAAAUGUUGAAAAUCCAGAGGGGGGGGGGGGACAUGGGGUUCCUACA